CAAAAAGAAGAAGAGUUCAAACAUUUAUAACUCAUAUUUCUAUCGUGCAUUUAUUUAGAUUAAAAGCACAUGAAUUAAGAAUAUUUUAUUGGAUAAAAAUUACCAUCAAUAUGAAUUCUAGUGAUUCUGAGUUAAGUGAUAGCGAUUUAGAGCUUCAACAAGCUUUUGCUGAGGGCCGUCUCAAGCCAGGUUUCAAUAAAGUAGAACAGGCUCCUAAACAAUUCGUCAACAAUAUAAGCGGCUUAAAACAAAAACUCGAAGAAAUUAAACUCGAUUUAGCAUGGAUAGAAAGGCUGGAUUGUAUAAAUGCAGAAGCACCGCUAGCUCCAGAACUAGUCGCUGAAAUGUUAACACAAGAAGAAAAGAGAAGCAAUGAGUUGAGAAACAACAAAAAAUUACCUCAGUUUUCACCAAAGGAAGAUCCAGUUUUAAAUGAUUUUAAAAGAGAGAUGAUGUUUCAUAGGCAAGCACAGGCGUGUACUUUGGAAGCUAUACCUAAAUUAAAACAAAUGGGUCUCCCUACUAAAAGACCUGAUGAUUAUUUUGCGGAAAUGGCAAAAACUGAUGAACAUAUGCAAAAAAUUAGAGAACAUUUAAUGAAAAAACAACAACAGCAAAAGAGGAGCGAACACGUGAAGCAACUUAGACAGCAAAGAAAAGAAGGAAAAAUGCUUCAAGUUCAAACAAAAUUACAGAGAUCACAAGAAAAGAAAGAAAUGCUCGCCCAAGUUAAAAAAGUUAGAAAAGGUUUAUCUAAAGAUCUAGAUUUCCUCGACGGCAAAGGUAAAUUAUCAGCUAAGAAGUUGGCUGAAAAGAAAAAGAUGAAAGAUAAGAAGUUUGGAUUUGGUGGCAAAAAGAGAGGAAUGAAGAGAAAUACAAGAGAUAGUGCAGGAGACAUAAGUGAAUUUACAAAUCCUGGAAAACCGGGAAAGGAAAGGAAAUUUAGUAAUAAAGGUAAAGGAAGUAAACAAAAAUCUGGAGGUAAAGGAAAAUCAGGAGGUAAACAAAGGAUGGGUAAGAAUAGGAGGAUACAAAUGAAGGCGAAAGGGAAAAAAUAAAUAUACAUUGAAUAAAUUUUUUUUUGUAGUUUGAUUUUUUUAUACAACUGUUUUCAUGUCUUUCUUGUAUAUAUCACUCUCCCCAGUAAAAUUAACGGAUAGAUUACUAAAUAAAAAACAUUUCAACUACUAUUGGAGGAAAUUUGAUGAAAAAUAUUCAAAAUAGGGUUUUAAAAGCAAACUAAAAAUAAUUUUGAUUAAUUUCCUAUAUUUCUCCUCAGAUUUCAUUUUUGCCAAGAGUAUUUCUUAUUUCAAUAGCUCUAAGAGGUAACUCAAAUAAAUUGAGAGGUAGCUUUAAUGAAAUUAGUACUGAAAACACUGGGUUCACCAGUAUAGCAGCAAGAGAGGGGGACUCAAUCAUUUCUUUCUGUCACAAUGUAUAAGAGACCCCAAAUCUAUAUAUACAUACAAACAAUGAACUUAGUAAGUGAUAGGUUUUGAUAUCUAUGUAAUUAUGAACGAUUGUAAUGAUUUGGAGAAGGGGGUUAAUAAUAGCCUCAAGUAAGUAUAGUGAAAAUACCUUAAAACAAAAAACGAGCAUUUUCUUAAAAUCUAAUUUAUACUGCAAAUUAUUCGGUUGGACUAUGUUUUGCGACACUCUGUAUUUAUUUUCGAGGUAGAAAUAAAACGAUAUUUUAAUAGCAGAAAAAGUAUAUAUUUUGUAAUAAUAGCAUUGUUCAUAAUUUUAAGACUGUAUUCAAUAAAACUCCAUAUUGCUUAUUAACUUUGUAUUGAUUUUUAAAAUUAUGAGCUAUUGUACAUCUUCAAUUAAAUUCUAUUUUAACUUCACAAUGUAUAUUGCUAUUAUUUGUUGUGAAGAAUUUUUUUUAACUAAAAAAUCCCAGUGCACACGGUAUUUUUCAAGAUUAUUCACGUUUCUUUAUUUAUUUUGAUUUAAAUACAAUUAACGAAACAAUUAUUUUUGUGACACUCAUUUUAUAAAUUGAAUUUCCAAAUUUUUAAUUCAAUAUACACUGUUUUUAAAAAGUAUUGCAUCCUCUUUUAUCUUCAACAUAACAAAACUUAUAGAAGUUUCAAGGGCUAAAGUGUAAAGUCUUUUAAGACAACCUAAACAGAGCACACAUGGUUUUUGAAAAAUCAAUCAAUUGAUUUUGAGGCAUCUACGGCCACUCAUCUUAAGUUUUGAAUUGUACUGUUAAAUAGAGGUUGAUAAUUAUUAAUAUGAAGCAUUCGAGUGAAUAAUGAAGUUUUAUUAAUAACACCCAUAAUUAAAUGAAAAGUUCCUAGUGAAGUACCGUUAAACACCAUUGUACCCUAAACCACUUAGUUUGGAAUUGGCGAUUAGAGAUGGUAGAAUUAACAAUUAAUAUUUUAAUGUCGAUAACCUGGAAGAAAAAAAUGCGAAGGUAGGACAUACACACAAUUCGCCCUAUUUUUGAUACUCUAAAUAAAAGAAUUUAAUCACAUCAACAAGUUAACGAAUAGAGCUUGUACUCAAAGGAAAUUAAUGGAAAAUCAAUACCAAAAUAGCAUAUUUAGAUCAGAUGCAUAAAGGCACUGAAUGCUGGGUUCUAUAAAAAGAAAACUUGAUAGAAUUUUCAACCAGCUGCAAUAGGUCAAAAAACAUUUUACCAAACAAGGUAAAGGUCACUUUUGAUAUAGAAAAUUAGUUAAAUAAAAUAAAUUAAAAUUGAAAUACAAAUUUAACAAUAACAAUAGACUGGUAAAUAGAACCAAUUUAAGGUAUUCCAACAUAAAUUCAUAUCAUCCUAUGUCACAAAAAAGAUCAUAAAUAGCUGAUAAAGCUAUCUAACUGCCAGAUCCUGAAUCCUCGGUUAUUCAAAAAGCAAAAACCGAAUUAAAAGAAAAAAGUUACCAUAAAAAUAUGAUAAAUCUUCAAAUGUAGUAGUAGAUAAUGUAGUUAAUUAAAAAACUAAACAUAAAACAUUUUUCCUUAUUAUAUGUAAAAGGACUUUCAUAACAACUGUUGAAACACUAUGAGUCAUAAAGGACACAAUAUAUAAUCGAUAUAUUUCAUUAAACUCAAAUCUAAACACCUAAAAACCAAAGGAGUAAUAAUAUAUAUUAAAUAAUGAUUGUAACAUAGGACAGACAUCUCAGUAUUUAAAAAAUAGAUUAAAAAGUCAUCAAUAUGGUAAAAAAAAAUUAAGGAUGCUCAAAUUGUGCAAUUGGAAAACGACUAUAAUCACUAAUUGCUACUUUAUCUAUAGUUUUCACUAUAUGGUGCAAAUUCAAUAUUCAAAAGUACUGAUAACAGACAACAAAAAUAAAUUAUUAAGUGGAUUGAGUAUGUAGUUUAUCAUAACCUUAUCCACACAUGGAAACGAUUGAGGUAUAAAUUUGAUUGUCCAGAUUUUGUUUCCAUGAAAAUGAAGCGGAUACAUCACAAUUUAAAGUAUCGAAAACAACUAGAAAAGACACAAAACGAUCAUAGAUACGAGAAAAUAUUGAAAAAUCAGCCAGGAACAAAAGUACUAAGAGGGUUGGUGUAAACAGUGUGUUCUACAGUUCCAGAAAUUCCAACUCAGGAAGAAAAGUAUUAUAUUAGAAAUAUAUAUAUAUAUAUAUAUAUAUAUAUAUAUAUAUAUAUAUAUAUAUAUAUAUAUAUAUAUAUAUAUAUAUAUAUAAGAUGCU